CUGUCAGCACCAACUAUUCCCCCUCAGCAUCGGCCGGCAGCACUUCCACAUAAUUCCUCUGACUUCAGCACGAACUCUAGUCAUGACAAUCGCCGACUUCGACGCGAUCUUCGACCACAUCGGAGGAUUCGGUCGCUACCAGAUGGUACUGUUCACGGUCAACUGCAUGAUGAACUCCUUCCUGGCCUUCGUCUACUUCGGCCAGAUAUUUAUGACCCUGACGCCCCCCCACUGGUGUCGGGCUCCGCCUGACCUUCAGGGCCUCAACCUGACGGAGGAGCAGCUCAAGGACCUCACCAUCCCUAGGGACGCCUCUAGCGGCAAGUUCCUGCAGUGUAGGAUCUAUGACGUUGACUUCGUUAAGGUGGUCUGGGCCAACGCCUCCUGGCCCACUACCAGCUGGGCCAACGCCUCCUGGCCCACCACCAGCUGUACACAUGGCUGGACCUACGACUACUCCCUCUACUACCCCACCAUCACCUCCCAGCUGGACUGGGUGUGCGACGAGGACUGGCGGAAGACAUUUUCCCAGUCGCUGUUCUUCGUGGGGUCGCUGGUGGCCUCGCCGGUGCUCGGGUGGGCGGCAGACAAGUUUGGUCGACUGCCGGUCAUCGUCAUCACCAACAUGGUUGGGGGCGUGUUCGGGGUGGCCUCAGCUUUCUGCACCUCCUUCGCCACCUUCACCGCCUUCAGGUUCAUCGUUGGCAUGACUUACGAUACCCACUUUUUGUUCACAUACAUCCUUUUGUUGGAGUAUGUGUCGAGUGAGUACCGCACCAUCAUGGCCAACGUUCCCAUCAUGUUCUUCCUGACGCUGGCCAUGUGUGCCAUGCCCUGGAUCGCUGUGGGGGUCGCAGACUGGUCCAUCUUCACCAUCAUCAUGCACGCCCCUCAACUCAUCUGCUUCUUCUUCAUCUGGUUGAUCCCUGAGUCUGCCCGCUGGCUGCUGGCUCAGGGCAGGGUGGAGGACACGGUCAAGAUCCUGACCCGGGUGGCUAAGAUCAAUCGGAAGACCCUCACCCCGGAGGUCAUCAAGGAGUUCGAGGAAUAUGGGAUGGAACAGGCCAAGCAAGGCCAGGCGACAGCGUCGGUGUUCGAACUCCUCAAGAGAUCGAAACUGAGGCUGCACUUCCUCGUUCUCAGCGUUAUGUGGAUGGUGAUCAUCGUGGCCUACGACGGCCACAUGAGGAACACGGAACACAUCGGUAACAACGUCUUCGUGACCUUCACUAUCGCCGGCUUCGUCGAGUUACCAGCGGACUUCAUCGCCAUGCUGGCCAUGGAGAAGCUCGGCCGUCGCCACACUGUCGUCUUCACUCUUGUCUUCAGCGGCCUCGCCUGCUUUGCCGCAGCUGCCCUCCCAGAAGAAGACACCAUGGGCAUCAUGUGGCUGGCCAUCGCUGGCAGGUUCCUCAUCACUAUGGCCAUGAACGUUGGUAUGCAAUCCCCCGUGGAAGUCCUGCCCACAGUGGCCAGGGGCUCAGGGAUUGCCGCCAUACACACCCUGGGACACAUUGCAGCCUUCACCUCACCCUAUGUCAUCUACUUGGGGAAACACGGCUACUACCUUCCUUACGUGAUCCUGGGGGCGCUGACGGUGGUGGGUGGGGCGGUGUGCACGGUGCUGCCCGAGACACUGAACCAGAGCCUGCCGGACACCUUGGAAGACGGGGAGACCUUCUUCUCUGACCAGACCUUCUGCUACAACCCUUGCUCCAGGAUAACUUGGAAGGAGGAGGAGGCAGAGGCCCCAAGCAGACCUCAAGAAAUGGAGAUGUCAGUGUGUUGGGAAAACGCAGCUUAUUCAAGAGAUGAUGAACAAAUUUCGUCAACAAAUUGA